ACACACAGAUACCGUAUGGAGAACCAAACUUUCAGUGCAGAUAUUAUAUCCAUCGAAGGGUUAAAGGUCAUCCCCCAGUCCUCCACCCCUGCCUUCAUCCUCCUCCUCCUCAUCUACAUCUUCAUCAUGGCGUCCAACAUCGGCCUGGUGGUCCUGAUCGCCAUGGAGACAAGCCUCCACCAGCCCAUGUACCUGCUCUUCUGUAACAUGAAUAUCAACGACGUGUUCGGGGCGACCGUCGUCAUCCCGCGCCUGCUGAGCGACCUCUUCACUCCCGUCACGCAGCGCUACACUCAUUACAUCGAGUGUGUCGUCCAGGCGUUCUGCGCUCACUUCCACGCAGGCACCUCUCACACAGUGCUCAUGAUCAUGGCCUUCGACCGGUACACCGCCAUCUGCAACCCCCUGCGGUACGCCGCCAUCAUGACCCACAGGAUGGUGGUGAAGCUGUCGGUGGGCGCUUGGGUGGCGGCCUUCAUCUCCGUUGCGAUCCUCCUGGGCCUCACCAUCCGCCUGACGCGCUGCAGGCGGGUUAUAUUCAACCCGUUCUGUGACAACGCCUCCUUGUUCAAGCUCUCCUGCCAGAACCUUCUCAUCAACCACAUCUACGGCCUCGGCAGCGCCGUGGUUAUCCUGGGCUCCUCCCUCUGCAGCAUCGCGUUCACCUACCUGAGGAUCGCCAUCAUGUGUUUCAGCAGCAAAAACAAGGCGUUGAACAGCAAGGCGCUGCAGACCUGCGCCACACACCUGGCCGUGUAUAUCAUCAUGAUGGUAGCAUCCUUCACCCCCAUGAUCAUGCACCGUCGCCCCGAGUGGGCAGACAGUGGGAAAGUGGCGUCCGUCAUGUUCCACGUCGUCCCCCCGGCCCUGAACCCCAUUAUCUAUGGGCUGCAGUGUAAAGAGCUCAAACACAAGAUUGUCAGCAUGUUUCACAGGAAUAAAGUCACGGACAGGAAAAGUCUCCAUAAAUAA